CCUUACCUCCGUCUAUGCCACACCGCUUCCCCCCGCUCUGACGGAAUUUAAUUGGCACACCUUAGUACAAGACAGCCUUCCGGGAGAAUGGCAAUUGAUAAAUAACCGGGCCUCCAAGAAAGCUGAUCUGAGGGACAUCCUCUCUUACGUGUCUGGCUUUCCUCGGUAAGCUUGGUGGAAUUUCUUCGCUCCAGCGCAAAUUUCUACCAAGCGUGAGCUAUCCACGACUACUCAUACAGAGUAGCAUUUGACAGCUCGAAAGAAAAACGCGUGUGGUGACUAUCUCCGACCGAUAGUGGAGGUGGCUCUGAACCUGCGGUCAAAACCAUCACUACCGAUUAAACCCAGCACAUCUGAGAAGAAACCAACCACAGCUCCACAUGGUGGCGUCGUUGGCUCGAAGAGUUCUCGGGUACAUAGCCAACGCUGGAUACGGCACCAUUACCUUUUGCAGUCCUUCCGGCAGCUCCUCGUAUUGUCGAGAUUGUAUAUGAUCUCCGACUUUGCUUCUGUAGAUGUAAAAGGUCGAGUACUCCUGGUCAGCUCAGUUUUCGCGGCCUGGUCUCGCGUAUGGUUAUCUCAUAUUCGAGGCGUGCAUCAGUCUGGAAAUACAUUCGUGGGGCAGUACACUUUAUUGUUUCCUGAAGGAAUGGACGCAACGGUAUACGUUUUGAGACAGGUAGUGUUCGUUGUGGAAGAUGGAAAGGUUGUUGGGACUGACUUGGUCGGACUGGUGGGUCAACUCACAGAGAGCGAACACAUAUGACCGUGAAAGACAGAGUUGCAGCGCCGAGGUCUGGUUCGAUAAGGUAUCUAUUCACGGUAAUACAAAAGUUGAUGAAAGACCUAGA